CAGUGGCAAUGUCCCCAUUGUGAAACGACCGCUGCGUUUCAUUCGAAACUGAAGCUGCAUGUUCAAAACGCUCAUAAGAGCGACGCGGAACCUAUGGACAUGUACUCAGCCGAACUGGAGAACAAAUGGCUGGAGCUGUUCCGGCAAUGUUUUCCGCAGUUCGCUCAGCAGUGUUACGUCGAAGACUGGAAAUUCCGCUCAAAACAACAGCAGCAUUUGCAUAGCAUCUCAGUUGACGAAUGGAAUACCCGAGGAACAGAAGGUGGCGAACAACUGAGACGUACAAUUCUUAUCGAUCCAGAAGAGCCACGAAAGGAAGUGGAAGAGAAGCCAGAAAACCAUCAGAACAGUGCAUCGAACGGUCUCCAUUAUCACUCGAUUCCACAAACAACCGUAUCCUAA